AUGUACGACACGUACGACGAGGUGUACCAGUUGGGCAUCAGAGAUCCCGAAUUUUCCGAGUACAUCAAGAAAAAUGGGCUCGAGCACAUCACAAACAUCUCACAACUCCCGGGCCUCGAGGCGGGGUCAGCCAAUGACGCAGGUCUCGACCAGGGCCACAUCAUCGACGUGCCCAUGCGCGACGGCUACCUGAACCCGCUGCGGGUCCACAAGCCUCCAACGCCUCCGGCAAACGGGAAGAGCCCUCUCGUCAUCCUCGUCUACGGGGGCGGAUUCAGGAUCGGCGACAACACGCAGAUGUCGCCCUUCGCGCGCAUCGUCAACAGGCUGUACGGCGCCACGGUGGUCAACCUCACCUACCGCCUUGUCCCUGAACAUCGCUGGCCGACAGCGCCGAACGACGUCUGGGACAACCUCCAGUGGAUCGCAGCCAACACCGACAAGCUCGGCGCCGACCCGAGCGCCGGGUUUAUCUUCGGCGGCGGCUCCGCGGGCGCCAACCUGGUCGUCGCCACGGCGCACAAAUGGGUCGAGCAGAAGCUGGAGCCGAAGCUAACGGGGCUGUACGUCAGCAUGCCGGUGCUGUUCGUGGAGGAGAACGUGCCCGCGAAAUACAAGGACCUGUGGUUCGCGUGGGAGCAGAACAAGGACGCCUUCGCUCUCAACACGGCCGGGGUGCAGGGCUUGAUCAAGGAAUACGCGCCCGACACGUCUUCGCCGGACUGGUGUCCUGUGAAUGUCGAGAAUCAUGGCGUUGGGUUCCCGCGGACUUAUCUGACCGUGUGCGGCCAGGAUCCGUUGAGGGAUGAUGGCCUCGUGUAUUGGCGCCUGCUGAGAGACCGUGGGGUGGAGACCAAGCUUGAUGUGGCUCCGGGAGUGCCGCACGCGCAUGUCAUAUUUCAAGGACUCGAGUCGGCUCAGAAGUCGAUUUUCGGGUCUGUUCAUGCGUUUGGUUGGCUCCUGCGGGACGAGAAAACGCCGGCGGAAACUCUCAAGGCUCUGGGCGGAGGAGACUUGAACCAACUCUGA